AACUCCGAAGUUGCGCGCGCGCUCGCGGCGACGGCGUUAGGCUUAGCUGCUUGGCCGCGUCCAUGUCCGUGUGCGUGGCCGUCGUCGAACCGACCGUCCCGUCCCCCGAAGGCCUCCGGACGUACUACUGCGCAGGCAUGACGACUGAGAUGGCCGAUUUCCACGAUAUGUGGCAAGAUAUCGAAAGUGUCUUAUUAGGUGAUAUGACACUCAACUCGACUUCCGGAUAUUCGGAAAUGAGAACUUUAUCUUCCACACAUAGCUCUUUCACUCCUACUACAGACGACAGUGGUGGAGGGAGCAUGUCUUCCGUGCACUUAUCCACUCCCAACAACCAUACUACUCAGCGGCGGUGCUCACAGUACAACCAACCAAUAUCUCCCACUUUUUCUCCGCAACCACCAUCAUUUCACCACCAUACGGUACACAAGAGAGGUGGCGAUGUGGUAAGGCUCGAGACGGAACUGGGACUCGUUUAUGAAUCUCAACCCAAACAACACUACAGUGAAGACUCAACGGGUUCAAAUAUUCAGCAAGUCUCUGUAAACAAAUACGACUUAAGUUUGCCAAAUAAUGCACCGAUAGAGCAUCAUACCUCAGAGCCAGUGAAUAUGUUUGGAACUCAUGAUUACCAAUCGGGGCACAAUCAGCAACUCAGGUACGGAUCGUCCAUAGUGGACGUGAAGCCGGAUCCAACAGCAGGUGGACUUUUCUGUUCUCCUCCUGUCCAUAAUCGGGACAUAUCUAAUAACACAGGUAGCAGUGGAUACUUGGCAUCGCCAUGGAACACAUAUCCAUCACCUAUCGUCACUAGUCAUUCCUCUCCGCCAGCAACACCGGAUAGUACUCCUGGAAUGAGGUAUCAGCAUACUCUGAACCAGUAUGACAAUUAUUUCAAUAAUCCACCUAUGCAAAGGCUUCCACCCGCGCGACCGAAUCAUGUGCCUGCAAAUCAUCUAAUGCAGUCAGCUUUUCCAACUUCAUAUGUUCCACAGGGAAGGAUGGUCACCCCUCCGAACUCUCCACACCUGGUAGAUUUGCUUUCAGGCAGAGGAGCGGCGGCAGGGAUGACCAUAUUACCUACUCCAGGUGGAGUGAGCAUCGAACAGACUUUAAAUUCUGGAGUUACUGCUCCCACCCCUACUACAAAACCAAGGAGGGGUCGCAGAUCCAGAGGACCUAAAAAAGUGACCAUUCACACCUGUUCUUAUCCAGGUUGUUCCAAAACUUACUCUAAAAGCUCGCACUUGAAAGCUCACUUGAGGACACAUACGGGCGAAAAGCCCUACCAGUGCAACUGGAAAGGUUGUGGUUGGAAGUUUGCCCGAUCGGAUGAAUUGACGAGGCAUUACAGAAAACAUACUGGAGACAGGCCUUUCCAAUGCAGACUGUGCGAAAGGGCAUUCUCCAGGUCGGACCAUUUGUCUCUGCAUAUGAAGAGGCACUCCGAAAUUGUAUGAUCUUUUGAUCAUAAUUUCGGUGGAAAAUAUCAUUGACCAAAAAUUCAAUAAAAUCAAUUAAUUUAUGGUGGAGGUGCCAAAAAAUUCUCGUCCUCUUUUCUCCCUCAGUGCUUUCUUUUCAGUUUCCCCGUACAGCAUAUCAGUAUGGCACGAGUAUACACCAAGUCGAAAUUGUGAUCAUUGCCUCGAGUAGCCAGGCCUGAAAGCAAAAUGCAGCAUCGCAUCUUAAGGGUA